UGUUCUUUGACCACAAAAACAAUCAUAUAGUGUUGUAUAUCACUUGGUGUUGGUGGAGGAAUUAACCUCUAUAUAUAGCCAUCAAAAUCCCAAUUCAUCCAUCAAGCAUUCAGGAAAAGCACAUCCGAAAAGAAAAAGAGUGACAAGAUGAAGAGUUUUUGCAUAAAGGCAUCCUUUCUUUUUCUGAGUUUUCUGGUUAUCACAAACUGCAUGUUUUCUGAAGCACAAAAGUGUCGCCCAAGUGGUAGAAUCAGAGGAAAAAAAGCCCCUCCUGGACAAUGCAACCAAGAGAAUGAUUCUGAUUGCUGUGUACAAGGAAGAAUGUACACAACUUAUGAGUGCUCUCCACCAGUGUCUACUAACACCAAGGCAUAUCUCACACUUAAUAGUUUCCAAAAGGGAGGAGAUGGAGGUGGCCCUUCAGAAUGUGACCACCAGUACCAUUCUGAUGACACACCAGUUGUUGCACUUUCCACAGGAUGGUUCAACGACAGAAACAGGUGCCUCAACAACAUUACUAUUAGUGCCAAUGGAAGAAGUGUGGUGGCCAUGGUGGUUGAUGAGUGUGACUCCAGAAAGGGAUGUGAUGAAGAUCAUGAUUACCAACCCCCAUGUCCCAACAACAUUGUUGAUGCCUCCAAGGCUGUGUGGAAAGCCUUGGGUGUGCCUGAAGAUCAAUGGGGUGGCCUGGACAUUACAUGGUCUGAUGCUUGAAAUUGACGAAGUUGAAACCUGUGCUGUGUUUCUAUGCUGUAAUUAAGUGAUGUUAUGUACUUGUGUUUCUCAUCAUAUAUGUUUAGUAUAUAUGUUAUCGUUCUAUUGUAACUCAUGUAUUUUCAUUUACUAAAUAGACUAAAUACUUUCAUAGA